UGUGGCUUCUAUGUAGAUGUAAAGCACCAACUUAAAUCCUGUUAAUGGGAACAGUGAUAGUGCAGAGGGGCCCAGUUCUCCACCUUAGAGUUUGAGGGGGUAGAAAGUUCUCUGCAGUGAGAGCCUGACUUACUAGGGGUGCACCCUAGUAAGUGAAUCAAGGGAUGGUUUUGGGCCCUUCCUGGAGCUGGAGAAGACUAAUGGGGUUGGAAAAUGUUAUUAUAAUAAAAAUAUAACAUUGGCAUGAUCCAAGAAGGUGCUUAAACUAAGGAAUGCUCCCGCUUUGAAGAAAAACGCCAACUUCAGGUGUCCUUGAGUGACGGUAGCAGGAGUGGAAGAGGAGAAAAGAAAAUUGAUUAAGAAAGGUCUGUGAGUUUUGGACUUUCCCACGCCGGGGUCAGAAUGCUGCUGCUCUGCCCUGCCCUCGCUCUAGCUGUGGUCCAGACCUUUAUCUUCUCAGAAAACUGGGCGUUUGCCAAGAACAUCAACUUCUAUAACGUGCGGCCCCCUCUCGACCCUACCCCAUUUCCAAACAGCUUCAAGUGUUUUACCUGUGAAAAUGCUGGGGACAAUUACGACUGUAAUCGAUGGGCAGAGGACAAGUGGUGCCCGCAGAAUACCCAGUACUGUUUGACAGUACAUCACUUUAACAGUCAUGGACGGAGUACAUCCAUCACCAAAAAGUGUGCCUCCAGAAGUGAAUGUCAUCUCGUGGGCUGCCACCACAGCCGAGACUCUGAGCACACGGAGUGUCGGUCUUGCUGCGAAGGGAUGAUCUGCAACGUGGAAUUACCCACCAACCACACCAACGCCAUCUUCGCCGUGAUGCACGCCCAGAGGACGUCUGGUGGCGGCACUCUGGCGCUCUACCUCCCAGUGCUGGCCUGGGUCUUCGUGCUGCCACUGAUAUGAUGCCUCUGUCCCUGGGAGAGGCAGAGACCAGCCCUCUGGGGCACAAGCUAACAACUGUGUAAACAGUGAACUUUCGACUGAAGACCAAUCUUGCAUUUGGCGCAUUGGACCCCAAAGCAGAAGCCAGUUGUUUGCUUAGCUAAGUGCUCCUGCACGAGGUCACUGGGAAGGGGACUUGGCAGGGACUGAGGGGAUUACGUGGCCGUUAGGCCGUCUUGAUCAAAGGGGCUGCGUUUUGUCACUUCUGCAAGGAGGAGUCUGCUGGUGUCUCCAGGGGAGUGGUAGCUUCUGCUGUCCCCACCCGACUGGGCCUUUAGCUGGAAGGACUCCUUGCCCUCAUCGACUCUGUCAGGGCCUGCUGGGUCAGACCCUCUCAUUAUUUGAUUAGCUCAGAGCAUCUCCAUGAAAUCUAACCCUUCCCCUGAUGGAAAGCCAUUUCCUCACCAAAGGUGUAGGUGAUGAGAAAGGCAACCAUAGAAAGAAAACCUCCAAUUGAACUACUUUGAAGCCCACUUGCUAAUUGUGGGGGAAAAUAAAGGUUUUAAAUUAUACAAUGUAAAAUGA